GAAGCAAGGAAAGGGGGAAGAGGUCGGAAUGGGGAGGAGGAGAGGAGCAAAGGAAGGAAAGGGGGAAGAGGUCGGAAUGGGAGUCGGGAUAUGGUCGGGAUAGGGCGGGGGAGAGGUUGGGAUGGGAGUCGGGAGAAGGGAGGAAUGGAAGUCGGGAUACGGGAAAAGAUGGAGAGGUCGGGAUGGGGAGGGGAAGUGGUCGGGAUCGAAGUCGGGAAGGGGAAGGGCGUCGGAAUACGGGCGGGAUGGGGAGGGGCAGAGGUCGGGAUGGGAGUUGGGAGGAGGGAGGGUGGGAAGUCGGGAUACGGGAAAGGAGGGAGAGGUCGGGAUCGGGAGGGGAAGUGGUCGGGAUCGGACGAAGCAAGGAAAGGGGGAAGAGGCCGGAAUGGGGAGGAGGAGAGGAGCAAAGGAAGGAAAGGGGGAAGAGGUUGGAAUGGGGAGAGGGAGAGGUCAGGAUGGGAGUCGGGAGGAGAAAGAUCGCGAUGGGCGGAUAGAGGAGGUCGGAGACGAAGGAUGGGAAGGGGGAGAGAUCGGGAUGGGAGUCGGGAUAUGGUCGGGAUAGGGCGGGCGAGAGGUUGGGAUGGGAGUCGGGAGUCGGGAGGAAUGGAAGUCGGGAUACGGGAAAGGAUGGAGAGGUCGGGAUGGGGAGGGGAAGUGGUCGGGAUCGGAGUCGGGAAGGGGAAGGGCGUCGGAAUACGGUCGGGAAGGGGAAGGGGAAAGGUCGGGAUGGGAGUCGGGAGUCGGGAGGGAUGGAAGUCAGGAUACGGGAAAGGAGGGAGAGGUCGGGAUCGGGAGGGGAAGUGGUCGGGAUUGGAGUCGGGAAGGGGAAGAGGAGGUCGGAGGCGAUGGGUGGGAAGGGGGGGAGAUCGGGAUGGGAGUCAGGAUAUAGUCGGCAUGGGGAGGGAGAGAGGUCGGGAUGGGAGUCGGGACACGGGAAAGGAUGGAGAAGUCAGGAUGCGGAGGGGAAGUGGUCGGGAUGGGAGUGAAGAAGGGGGAGGAGGAUCAUCCCCGGGAUAGAGGAGGGGGGAUACUGGUUGGGAUAGGGGAGAGGGAGAGGCGGGAAGGGCGGAGAGGUCGCGAUGGGAAGGGGGAGAGGUCGGGAUGGGAAUCG